AUGUCAGAACUGGAUCAAAAUUCCAACACCACCUGUAGCGCUGUGUUUGGUAGCAGCGGUAACUUGCGCAGUGAGAAGCCAAGAAGCGACCUCACUGCAGGACUACGGCGAGGUACAAGGGGGGACCCACCUCACGAGCCCCACCCCACCCUGCUGCACCACCCCUACCCCCUCUUCCACAGGGUGGACACACGUAACGACGACAAUCGGCCCGUGCAGUUCCCGUCCGUCCCCGCUGUCGUCAAGAAAACGUUCAAGAGCAAGUCCUCCAAAUAUGUCAAUGUUCCGAAGAACUACGCCUUCUCAUAUGCGGUGAAGGAUCAGCAUUCGGGUGAUGACUUUUCGCACUCGCAGGCACAUGACGGCAAGGCGACGCAGGGUCAGUACAGGGUGAAGCUGCCCGAUGGCAGAGUCCAAGUGGUCAGCUACACUGCCGACAACAAGGGCUACAGGGCAGAUGUCACAUACGAGGGCGAAAAAAUUGUUCCCAACGAAGAAGUAGUAUACAGUGGGGAGCAAGUCGCUCAACUGAGUCAACCACACCCUCACGAGAUCCCAGGGUACAUAUCUACGUUGGUGCAUAAGAAGAUUCCAUAUAACAGGUCACCAAAGACAUCUCCUACUUCACCUACGUUGCUGGUGUAUGAUCCGGAGAGUGGGUACAAAACAGCGGCGGCAGGUUUGUAUCAUAAGUACAAAGCGGCUCCUCCGAUCAAAAUUUCGCCGUCAGUUUCGUCGGACGGAAAACUCGGUUACCAGAGUCCCACCGCCCCCCCUCCCGCCUACUACACCACCUACAAUGAUGUCUACGCGCAGCCUACUCCGGUGAUACCCGUCGCCCAGAAGUAUGUUAAAGCGGAUGACAUCAUUCAGUCCAUAACGGCCAAGUACCUAUCAGAGGCCUACAAACACUACCCGUCAACUACUUCGGCUCCAUCCCUUGGCGAUUAUGCGUCAGUACGCAGCACCACUCCCGCCCCUAUCUACGAGGACCAGCCUGACGCACCAUCCCCCCAACCACCCCAUGAUCACGAUUACUCCCCCACCCCCUCACCGCAGCCCUACUACCACUCGACCAGCUCUGCUCCUGAAGUUGACCUCCAGAAUACCUACUACGCAUUAGCAUCUCAGGAUAAGCUCAUCUCACCUGAGAUCAAGUACAUACUCGUGCCUUCCGACCAGUAUGCUUCCUACAAACAGCGCUGAUCACCCGCCUAUUGUUCGUGGUCCACCCAGCAAAAUGCCAAUAGCUGAUCAUCUGCCUCAUUUUCCAAUUAAGGCAGGAUUUUAGAUUUAUAAAACUAAAUUCCUGCUUUUCAACAACUUCUUCCAUGCUGGAAAAAAACACUAUUUGUGAGUGUUUACAAAUCUUAUUUACCAAAGUGUAAAUUCUCCCUUGAAAAUCAAAGUAUUCUUCUCCAAAGAAUACCGUUGAAAAUUGGCAUUUGAAAACCUCAUCAUGUUGCUUGUAUUUUUGUAAACUCCCACAUGAGAACCGAUGGGUUUUUUGUUCAGCAGAGCAGAAAUAAAUUGUAAAAGCAGAGCACUGGUCUGCAGAUUGGCUCGAACUGAAAGAAGUAACUUUUAUCCUUGAUUCACUUCACUUUUUUCCCGUCUCUAGUGCAAUGUAAUCUAUUGGGUGUUGCGGGACGCAAUAAGCUGGGAUAUUGCUAUUAGCUGUGUUAGUUUUGAAAAAACAAUGAACUUGAAUAAUUCAGUAAAAUUCAAUUCUACUGAUGGAACUGAAAAAAAUUUUCAUGUGAUCCAUUUUUUUUAAUUCAUAAAAACAUAAUGUUUUCUCAUUCGUUUCAUUAACGGAUUGAACCAGAGACAUUGGUUUAAAGAUAAUUUGUUCGAUUUAACUCAUCCCAUCAGGUCAAGAAUACAUUAAGAUAUGCGUAUCCAGUUUGGAACUAUUCUACGGAAUAGAAUGUUCACCAAUAGGGCUGAAGAAUAAUAAUUCAGUAUCUAUUAGAUGUAUCUGUUUUUAAAGAAUGUAUUAUUUUUUAUCUUGUUAUGUUGUCAGCAUAUUAUGUGAUUAUUUUGAGUUACCAAUUUUCUGUAUAUUGUAUUUCAAUGUUCAUUUAGGUAAAUUUUAAGUUUUACCGAAUUUUAGAAAAUAAUUAUUUGAUCAGAAAUUUGCCAUUGCUCAUAUCAAAUUCAUUAUUACUCUUAUGUGUAAGGAAUUCAUAUUUGUGUAAAUAAAUUGACAAUUUUUCU